AGGUUGAGAAGCCAGUCGAGGCCGGUCUUGCCUUGUCGACGAUCAUUAUCCUCCACCGGUGAAAAAACAGAAUUAUCUUGGUUAAAAAGCGAUUUUCUCCUCACAAUUCGCCUAGUAAGGCUUACACAAUCCAUCUUGUUACACAAUUUUUUGAUUUAGUCACCAGCGUUUGUUUGGUUGUUAAGCAAUAACUGACGCCAAACUUUUCGUUCAAAAAGGGGAGACAUCAACAGCUCUCAGCAUCAUCCAAACGGAGUGAAGAGUCCCAAACAACGUCGUGUGAUUAUUGGGGGAAUUUAGCUUCCAAUUCUUUUCUCCAAGAGGCAUCCAGCCCCCAUUUGAUUGAAGGCAAAUCAGUUGUUUCUGUUUCUGUUUGCGAGCACGAUGGUCGAAAUGACGAUGACGACCAUGAUGGAUGUCAACGGCGUCUAUAUGGAGCAAGAAGAAGAAUGGGAGCGAGAGGGAUUACUCGAUCCAGCUUGGGAGAAACAACAGCGAAAGACUUUUACAGCCUGGUGCAAUUCUCACCUGCGCAAAGCCGGAACUGGAAUUGACAACAUCGAGGAUGAUUUCCGCAACGGACUCAAGCUCAUGCUCUUGCUGGAAGUCAUCUCCGGCGAGACCCUGCCCAAGCCCGACCGGGGAAAGAUGAGAUUCCACAAGAUUGCCAAUGUCAACAAGGCACUGGAUUUUAUCGCCAGCAAGGGCGUCAAGCUCGUCUCCAUCGGAGCUGAAGAAAUCGUUGAUGGCAACACCAAAAUGACUUUGGGUAUGAUUUGGACCAUCAUCUUGCGCUUCGCCAUCCAGGAUAUUUCCGUCGAGGAAAUGACGGCCAAGGAGGGUCUCCUCUUGUGGUGCCAGCGCAAGACGGCGCCUUACAAGAACGUUAACGUUCAAAAUUUCCACCUCAGCUUCAAGGAUGGCCUUGCCUUCUGUGCCUUGAUUCACCGUCAUCGUCCGGAUCUGAUACCCAACUACAACCAGCUGUCCAAGGACAAUCCUUUGGAAAACUUGAACUUGGCUUUCGAUGUAGCCGAGAAAUACUUGGACAUCCCUCGCAUGUUGGAUCCAGAAGAUCUGAUCAACACCCCCAAACCGGAUGAGCGUGCAAUCAUGACGUACGUUUCGUGCUACUACCACGCCUUCCAGGGUGCCCAGCAGGCGGAAACCGCAGCUAAUCGCAUCUGCAAAGUGCUCAAGGUUAACCAGGAGAAUGAGCGCCUCAUGGAAGAAUACGAGCGUCUGGCCAGCGACCUGUUGGAAUGGAUCAAGAGGACCUUGCCUUGGCUCGAGUCUCGUCAAACUGACAAUUCUUUGGCCGGCGUGCAAAAGAAAUUGGACGAGUACCGGCAAUACCGCCGCAAGCACAAGCCUCCUCGCGUUGAACAGAAGGCCAAACUGGAAACCAACUUCAACACGCUGCAGACAAAGCUGCGUCUGUCCAACCGACCUGCGUACAUGCCCACCGAAGGCAAAAUGGUUUCGGAUAUCGCCAAUGCAUGGAAGGGCUUGGAAGGGUGCGAGAAAUCGUUUGAGGAGUGGCUCCUCUCGGAAAUGAUGAGACUGGAACGUUUGGACCAUUUGGCCCAGAAGUUCAAGCACAAAUCCGACAUCCAUCAAGGAUGGACUCAAGGCAAAGAAGAGAUGCUCUCUUCUCAGGAUUUCCGCUCUUGCCGUCUGCCGGAACUGAAGGCUCUCAAGAAGAAGCACGAAGCUUUCGAGAGCGACUUGGCUGCCCACCAAGAUCGAGUCGAACAAAUUGCUGCCAUCGCUCAAGAACUCAAUGCGCUGGAUUAUCACGACACGGCUUCGGUUAACGCCCGCUGUCAGCUUAUUUGCGACCAGUGGGAUCGACUGGGAUCACUAACCCAAUCUCGUCGUCAAGCAUUGGAGGAGGCCGAACGAGUGCUGGAGAAGAUUGAUCAACUUCAUUUGGAGUUCGCCAAAAGGGCCGCGCCUUUCAACAACUGGUUGGAUGGAGCACGUGAGGAUUUGGUCGACAUGUUCAUCGUCCACACGAUGGAAGAAAUCCAGGGCUUGUUGGAUGCUCACGAACAGUUCAAAGCCACGCUCGGCGAGGCGGAUAAGGAAUACCAAUCGAUCGUCGGUCUGGUUCAACAAGUCGAAUCGAUUGCCAGCCAGCACAGCAUCCCCGGCGGCUUGGACAAUCCAUACACCAGUCUUACGGCCAAGGAUGAAUCAUCACCCAAGGACAUCACUUCCAAAUGGGCGGAAGUCCGUCAGUUGGUUCCUCAAAGGGACGGCACUCUGCAGGCCGAGCUUCGUAAACAACAGAACAAUGAGCUUAUGCGCCGCCAGUUUGCCGAAAAGGCUAACUCGGUUGGACCGUGGAUUGAGCGCCAAAUGGACGCCGUGGCUUCGAUCGCAAUGGGAAUGCAGGGAUCAUUGGAGGAUCAGUUGGUCCGCUUGAAAGAAUACGAGCAGAACGUCUACGCCUACAAGUCGCACAUGGAAGAGUUGGAGAAGCUCAACCAGGGCAUUCAAGAAUCGAUGGUGUUUGAAAACCGAUACACUCAGUACACCAUGGAAACGCUUCGAGUCGGCUGGGAGCAGUUACUCACCUCCAUCAACCGGAACAUCAACGAAGUUGAAAACCAGAUUUUGACGCGCGAUUCUAAAGGUAUCACCCAGGAACAGUUGAACGAAUUCCGAAGCUCGUUUAACCACUUUGACAAGAACCGUGUCGGCCACCUGAAGCCCGACGAAUACAAGUCAUGUCUCGUCAGUUUGGGCUAUUCACUCGGCAAGGACAAGCAGGGAGAUAUCGACUUCCAGCGCAUCAUGGCCAUCGUCGAUCCCAACAACAGCGGCUACGUUCUAUUCGAUGCCUUCCUCGAUUUUAUGACGCGAGAGUCCACCGACUCGGACACGGCCGAACAGGUGAUUGAUUCGUUCCGCAUUUUGGCUGGCGACAAACCUUACAUCUUGCCGGAUGAGCUCCGUCGCGAGCUGCCACCCGACCAGGCCGAAUACUGCAUCCAGCGCAUGCAGCCAUACAAGGGCCCGGAUGGUAUUCCCGACGCCCUGGACUACAUGUCCUUCUCCACAGCACUUUAUGGCGAGUCCGAUCUGUAAAAAAGAAAAAGGAAGAAAGAAGAAAAACUUAAGAGAAGAAGAAGAAGAAGAAGGAAGGUUGAAAAUAUCGAAAUUAUAGAGCCACCGAAGAAAGAAACAACGAGGCAACUUGUCUACCAUCAAAUAUUAUGAAGCAAAUAUCAACAACAACUAUACGCCGCGACGCCACUCUUUUUUGUUUACCAUAAAAUUAUAUCUACUAUACAACUACGUCACCAUGGAGUCGUCCUCUCGGGAAGAAAAGAUUUUCAUUGUUCACUGGAACCAAUCGCCGACAAUUUAGCGCGUGUGUGGAGACAAAUGAGCGACAAGAGAAAAAGAGAAAGAAGGAGCCGAUGGAUAUAUUUAAAAGAGAGAAAGAAAAAUAAGGAAAGAAAAGAAAAACAAACUCACUGCCUUGUAAUAAUUUUUUUUUUAUGCUAACAUAUCUCGUCGACUGGCUCUGAGUCUUAAAAACCAUUUAUUCUAUAAUUUUUCUUUUGUUUUUUGUGUUUUUUCCUUCUCCCUCUGUUGACUCCUCUGUGACUCUGUGUCUUCUCGUGUCUCUCUCUCACCCCCUCUCGCCGGAACUCCCCCAUCCACCCCCCAUGCACACACACACACACACACGUACCGUGUCCUAAUUGACUUAACCUUCACUUUAGGUUCCUUCUCCCUCCUCUUGUGUUGCUGCUCUCCUCAUCCUCGUGUGUGUUUGCGUGCGGUUAAAACAUAGGCCAGUUUUCUUUUUUUAAGAAGAAAAAUAAGGGCGUGAGUGCGUCCAGGGCAAGUCUAGUCGUUGCUAAGCAGAGAAACACACAUUACACACACACACACGAAAAAAAAAACACGCAAAAUCAAAUAUAAAAAUAAUAACUUUUAAAAGACUAAGAAUUAAAAGAGGAGACGCAAAAAAGUGGCCAAACUGUUUAAAUCACCGAUUUGUUUUGUUCUUCAAUUUGGGUGGGGGAGAGAGUCAACAUCGUGACAAUUGUAUUAGAAAUUUUUGAGACGUUACACGUUUUGGGGGACGUCACUUGUGGCUUUUUUUUUUUCAUUUUUAUACACAAAUCAUUUACCUUUUUUUUUGGUCGUCUUGAAUUUUUUUUGUUCGUCUAGUUAACCCUCUGACGCUGCUGAUUAUUUACCUUUCAAAAAACUUUUUUUUUUAAAUCCCGAAACAAAAAACAUUUAGCCAUGUGUUUUCGAGGGUGUUACCGCGCUUUAACCUGAUGAUCAUUUCUUUUUUUCUUUUUUUACCUUUCGUGUGUGUUUUCUUUUUUUUUUUUAUUUACAAAAGAAAAUUAAAAAUGACACACACACAGAGGCCGAAAACAUUUGCAGAUUAAUACAAUGGCGGGUCGUUCCCUCUCUUUCUCUCUUCCGAUAUAUUAUAGUCUUCUUAAUUAUUAAUAAUCUAAUGAUGAUAUAUCCUACUAAAAAACAAAAGCGCUAUUUUUUUCUUCCACCCCCUUGCUUUAUUCAAUAGUUUCGCUGUCGUGGACAAAGAAACCUGGAUUAAUUUAAAACAAAAUAAACAUACGCUGCUUUU